AUGUGGCAAGAAAUGAUGUGCAUUGUGUCCUCAGUCACUUUGCAGUUGGAAGCAGUGGGAGAGGAGGUGGAGGAAGAGGAGGUGCUUCCCAGCACGUCUGGCACACUGGCUGCAGGCCCGUCUGUCCCCAGCACACCCAGCGAAUCCAGAGUGCGCAGAGGCGGCCAGGUUCUCACAGACACUGUCCUGCAGACACAGAGGGACACGAUCGGAGCCAUCCGAGAAGUGAGGGAGGAACUGGCACAAAUACGCAUAGUCUUGCAGAACAUGUGUGACAUCAUGUCGGCGGCAACGGACGCAAUAAAAGAGUUGUUGAAAAAGUGA